UGAAGUUUAAGGCAGCCGUCCAGAAUGCGACGUUUAUUCGGCAGGUGUCGCAGACGUGGGCUAACCGAGGCUAGGUCUCAGCUGGUCACACUUUGAUCAACAGUGCCUCCUGAACCCUGUGAUCUGUAUAGUUCUGGCGUCGUUCAUCUCCGAUAUGGUCUACCGGAGGAUAGUCGUCACAACUACUUUGGUCAUUAUACUCGGUGCCUCUGCUGGCGUGUCUUACAAGAUUGAUCAGAAUGAGGAUGGAACAGGAACCUCGACUGAGGCAGCAACAGAGCUCCCUCUUGAGGAGAAUUUCGAGGACGAGUGGGCGUCUGGUGAGGGUGAAGGAACAUUUCCAUCAGCCGAGCCCUUCGGUGGGUCCUGGCUGGCCAGUGAUGAAGACAGUGAUCGUGAUUCUGGAGAUCAUGGAGACCAAGACUCUUCCAGUGAGGGUGGUGGUGACAACAGCACAGAAAUGAAAAGCUCAGGAGGGUAUCAGACUGUCGAGAGUUUUGACAUCCCUCCCGAUGUGAUCGAAAGACUUAAUGCAUCUGGUGCAUCUUCGGAACGCAUAAAAAAGGAGACGGUAGAGCUGGUACGAAACGGUAGCCUGAGUAAUGAAACAUCUGGGUUUCCAGUGCAUGACACCGAAGGGGAUGAAGCUGCAGAUAUAAACCACAGAAAUAUUUCCGAUCACGAUGAAGGCGAAAUUCGUUAUGCUGACUAUGAUGAUAGUAAUGAAAGACCACUGAAUAGAAGCGAACUAGAAGAGGAACCUGUGGAAAGUUCAACUGAAAACCCCCUUAUGACCUAUGCACCAGAGAAUAAAGCAUCGUUGAAUCACAGCCUGACAACUGGUUUAGAAACUUUGGCAGAUUCUGAUGAUCAUAGAGAGGAGGCAAAAAACCGCAGAUUAAGGAAAGUAUAUGACGAAGAAGCUGAACUGGGAUAUUUGCCUAGAAUACCGGAAACUGCAAAAGUGACCCCUCCAAGGAAUAAUGGUAAUUGCGGCAAGAAGAAGAAUUUGCAAGAUGGUGUCAAUGUUAAGGUAAUGAAUGAAAAGAUGUCGACAAAUUCGAAGCAUAUUAUUGUAGACCUGACCACAUCUGGGGGAAACAAUGCAGAGAAAUGGUCAUCGGUGCUAAAUGGGAGUGACUGUGAAACGCCUCUCUUAGAAUCAAAGGAUUUAUCAUCUGUAACUGUUCUGAUGGAUUCGUCCACCGGAAACCAAUCGGUCGAAGAAGACAAAAGUCCAGGUGGACCUCGUAUCCUUGUCAUUGACGUCACAGAUUCAAGUAAGAAUAGUUCAUCAUCAGUCAUGCCAGAUUGCUCGCAAAAUUUGACGCAUGGGGAGGAACUUCCCAGUGACAGUCACCUGCAGACUGAAAACUGUUUCAUAUUUGCAGAGAGGGAUUUGCGACAAGUCAUACCGAGUACAAUACUGAGACAGUUUCCUUCCCACCAAAUCGAGUAG